AUGGGAAUACCUAUGAGGGAGGAGCAUCUGUUCACCCUUUGCUUUGCAGAUGAUCAAGUGGUCAUAGCCCAGGAUGAGGAAGAUCUGAGUUACAUGAUGCGUAGGCUGAAUGAAGAAUACAAGGAUGCGAGGCUCGAAAUAAACCUAGACAAGACGGAGUACUUGCAAACAAAUAGUGAAGUCACGCAGAAUCUUAAAGUAGACGAUGACGUUGAAAUUAAAGGCACAGAUAAAUUUAAAUACUUGGUUUAUACUAUUACGCAAAACGGGGGUACAGAUGAAGAAAUAAAGAGAAGGCUAGGGCAAACUAGAAGUUGUAUAAGACAACUGCAUACCAUAAUCUGGAGUAAGAGUAUCCACAGAAAGACCAAACAGAUGAUAUUCCUUACAAUAGUCAGAAGCAUAAUGACAUAUGGUGCAGAAGUAUGGGUGACGAACAAGCGAAGUAGGGGUAAGAUUCUGACUGUGAAAUGGAGUAUUGGAGAAGGUGUUGCGGGGUCACCAGGUUGGAUAGACUACGGAAUGAAGAGAUUAGGAACAGAAUAA